GGCGAGGUCAUUGGGAUGAAGAUAGUGUGGUCAGCUCUCCAGACCCUGGGUCAGCCAGUGAGUCAGGUGACCGAUAUCGAACUGAACAAUAUCAAAGUAGCCCACAUGAACCUAGCAAAAUUGAAACUCUGAUAAGAGCCACCCAGCAAAUGAUUAAAGAAGAAGAAAACAGAUUGCAGCUGAGGACAGCUCCCCCUGACCAACUGACUUCCAUUAAUGGAGCUGGGAAAAAACAUUCUCUCUGUUUUGCAAACUACCAACAGCCCCCACCAACAGGAGAAGUCUGCCAUGGCUCUGCUCUUGCCAACACUUCACCAUGUGACCACAUCCAGCAGAGAGAAGGAAAGAUGCUCAGCCCCCGUGACAGUGACUAUGACAACAGUCCUACUGCACUGUCUCGGAUAAGCAGUCCCAAUUCCGAUCGCAUUUCAAAAUCCAGUCUGAUUCUAGCUAAAGACUAUCUACAUUCAGAUAUGUCUCCUCACCAGACAGCAGGAGACCAUCCUGCUGUCUCUCCAAACUGCUUUGGCUCUCACCGGCAGUGUUUUGAUAAGCAUGCUUACACAUUAACUGGAUAUGCCCUGGAGCACUUAUAUGACAGUGAAACCAUUAGAAACUAUUCCUUGGGCUGUAAUGGCUCACACUUCGAUGUUACUUCCCAUCUAAGGAUGCAGCCAGACCCAGCACAAGGACACAAGGGAACAUCUGUUAUAAUAACCAAUGGAAGCUGAUGCUUUUCUAAAAUAUUUUGUUCUUCAAGGGUCUCUGAAACAUAUUUAUAGUUUAAUGUCCCAUUACCAGCAUUUACUAUGCCACUGAUUGUUAGAGAGGGUAAUUUAAGUUUCUGAGUAUUUGACAUGUGUUCCUAUGAAAUCCAAGAAAACAUAGUACUAGCCUUCAAGGUUAUACACAGAUAAUGGAGCUAAAGUGAAUAUU